AUGGCUAAGUCACAAUCAUUGGCUGCAGCAUUGCUGCUUGUCCUAGUGGUGUCCCUCACCGCCAUAGAGGGUGUUCAUGGCAUCUGCGGCAUGUCGAAUGAUGAAUUCAAACUUUGCCAGCCUGCGGCAGCAGUGGAAAACCCAAUAGACAGUCUGUUAGCUGAGUGUUGUGCCGCGCUUGGGAAGGCUAACUUAUCGUGCAUUUGCCGCUACAAGGCAUCGCCAGCAUAUGGCUGA